CCGAGUCGGAACGUUAGUCGGUGGGGUGGCUGACAGACAGACAGAGCCAGCACCAGGAACUUAAUACCGCUUGGUACUGCUGGAGGUGUGACAGGCCCAGCUCACCGCACAUUGAUUCACACGGGAUUAAGCCACCGCAUGAUGCUUCAGGCAGAAGGUCUGGCACAGGUGAUUUACAGUCCCUGUCAGACUUAACAUCUUUGGAGGCCUUCUCUGCCCUGCACCCGGCUUCUGUGGGAGGACGAGAAGGAAGGAGAGAAGCGUCUGCCCCUGCAACCACUGGAUCACCCAAAGGGAUGACUGGCAGUCGUCUCGCUCAGGAGUAAGAGAGGAAGAAAUGGGCUGGACUAUGACUCUAAAAGAUGACUUUGGGGUCAUUGCCAGGACACGGCGAGCUGGGAACUACCUCAGCCUCUUCCUGCUCUUGUGUGUCUUUUCCAUUCCAGUCCCCGCAGAUCUCGUCUUUCCUAAAGACCGCCAUUUCUCAUGGAGAGCAGGCCAGUGGGGUCAGUGCGUUGGGGAGGACUGUGGUUCAGGUGGGGUUCAGACGAGGACGAUAUGGUGCAUGCACUCGGAGGGCUGGACUACCCAUCACUCCCACUGCCAGCACAUGGAGAAGCCAGAGAGCCAGAGGCAGUGCUUCAAGGUCUGCGGCUGGCACCAGGACCUCUUUGAGUGGGAGGUGUCUGACUGGGGGAGCUGUGUGCUCGUCCCUUUCUUUUCCAACGAGCUCAAGCUGAGGAUGACGGACUGCAUCACAGCGCAGCACGGCAUCCAGAGGCGCAGAGUCCACUGUGUGCGCACUUCAAAUCGAACCUCAGUCACCUCGAGGAUAUGCGAGUUCUUUUCCCAGAGGCCACCUGUGGAGCAGGCUUGCCUCAUCCCCUGCCCUCAGGACUGUGUAGUUUCAGACUUCACCUCUUGGUCGAGCUGCAGCAAAACCUGCGGCUCCGGCCUUCAGCAUCGGACUCGACACGUCCUGUCGACACAGGUGUACGGAGGGGCGCACUGCCCCAACCUAACAGAAACCAGGACUUGUUUGAGCCCUGUUGGAUGCUCUGCCGAGGAGGGUGAGCACCAGUACAACCUUAAAGUAGGCGCCUGGAGCGAGUGCCGACUGCCCCACCACAAGGAUGCCCUGUUAAGUGGAAGGACCACGGUGGACUUCGGUACAAGCUCCAACGUGAACAACACCGUCACGCUGCACACGUUAGCCUCCCAUCACCAGACUCAUCACACCCACCACCGGCACCACCACCACCUCCACCACGCUCAUGCGCUCAAGUACCCAAUGUCGUGGGAACUGGAGGUGGGAUACCAGACGAGACACGUUCGCUGCACACGGAGUGAUGGCAAGAAUGCGAUGCUGAGUCUCUGCACCAAGGACGGCCCCCCUCUGACUUUCCGGGCAUGUGUGAUGCCUAAAGACUGCCAGACGUCUGACUGGUCAUCGUGGAGUCCCUGCUCCAAGACGUGCCAGUCCGCCGACCUGUCUCCUGGCUACCGCCUCCGGUCCCGACUGAUGACGCAGAUCCCCAUGAGCGGGGGCAAGAGAUGUCCCGGCCUUGAAGAAAAAGAAGCUUGCAACAUCAUUGGGGAUUUACUUCCGAGCUGCCCCAGGUAUGUGUGGAGGGCCACUCACUGGGGGGAAUGCCACAUCCUCCCCUUACUGAGCCAACAGGACAGACGGCAGGCGAACGUCAGUGUUCUGUGUGGACGGGGGAUUCAGACCAGAAAGACCUACUGUGUUCAAGUCCCCGAUGACUCGGCUCCACAUCACAGGAAGGAGGUGUCCAGGCCUGUGCAUGCCAGGCUGUGCGACGGUGAAGAGCCUCCCUCGGCUGUCCAGAACUGCUCCGUUCCCUGCCAGCACCAAUGCUGGCUCUCCCACUGGUCACCCUGGGGUGCCUGCCUACACGACAACUGCAAGGAGCCACAGGGGAAGAAAGGCUUCAGACAGAGGAGAAGAGACGUGUUGUGGCAGACCGAUAGCGCUCUGGGGACUUGCCCUCAUCUGACAGAGUUCAUUCCCUGUGAGGAUCCUUCCUGCUACCUGUGGCAGGUUGACCAAGAAGGAGGAUGCAUUCCCAAUAAGAGCUCCUGUGGUCCUGGAUCUGCGGUCCACAAUAUCACCUGUGUGAGCGCUGAAGGGGAAAAAAUAUCUGACGUGUACUGUGCGGAUGACCCUCCUCCCACAGUGGAGGCCUGCGAGGUGGCGUGCUCUGCAGACUGUGUGGUUGGCCCCUGGUCCUCCUGGUCACCCUGCUCACACAGCUGUGCCACGAAGACUGCGGAGGGCAGACAGAGCCGCACUCGCACUGUGCUGGCUAUCCCUGGAAAAGAAGGGAAGGCUUGUCCAGCAGGUCCAGCCCUGGAGGAGUGGAGAGUCUGCAAUGACCACCCCUGCAUGGUGUUUCACUGGGAGGCAUUGGCGUGGGGCCCCUGCAUCGAGGACUCUUCUAUGGAUCUUAAUGGGACCGGCUUCAAGAAUGAAACCUCAGUCUGUUCUGUCGGACUUCAAAUCCGCAAAGUCAGCUGCAUCAAGAUGAAUUCUGGGCCCGUCAUUAGUAAAAGGUGUUCGGAUUCCUUCCGUCCAGAAACAGUGCGACCCUGUUUGCUGCCCUGCAGAAAGGACUGCAUUGUGACACCCUUCAGUGAGUGGACAGCCUGCCCAUCAACCUGCUUCCCAGAAAACUCAACCGCCGCCACGCAGUCUCGGUACAGGAUGGUCAUUCAGAGGUCUGCUGAUGGAGGUCAGGAGUGUCCCGACACGCUGUACGAAGAGCGGGAGUGUGAAUCACACCGUGUAUGUCCAGUGUAUAGGUGGAGGACACACAAGUGGCACACUUGUACCCUGGUUCCCGAUUCUGUGCGCCGGGGAUUAUCUGGGCCGGCGGAGGCAUGUGGAAAUGGUUUGGAAACAAGAGGAAUCAGUUGUGUCGGGGAGAGCGGCGAGUCAGCCAAUAUGACAGAGUGCCUGCGGUGGGCUGGCCCCUUGCCCCCUCAGAUCAGAGAGUGCCGAAUGGCUUGCAAGGAUGACUGCACCCUAACUGCCUGGUCCAAGUUUUCCGAGUGUGCUGGAUGUGGAAGCUCCCAGAGUCGGAAGCGCUCGCUCACAGGUCGCAGUAAGAAGAAGGAGCAUUGCCUGAACGAGGGGUUGUAUCCACUGGAGGAGACGCAGACUUGUCCCUGUGACGAGUUUUUGUCACAACCGUAUGGGAACUGGUCGGCUUGUAUUCUUCGCGGGUCUUCGGCUCUGGGGUCACUGCAGGGCUGGAUGAGUCACCGAGAGGUAAAGGAGUGCGGCCAAGGUCUCCGCUAUAAAGCCGUGGCCUGCGUCAACCAGCAGGGACACCUGGUCGAGCCGACGCUGUGUACAGACUCAGGCUACAUUGUGGAGGUUUGCCACGUCCCCUGCCCCCUCGACUGUAAGCUCAGCGACUGGUCGGCUUGGUCGGCCUGCAGCACAUCCUGUGGCAGCGGGUUAAAGAUCAGAUCAAAGUGGCUCAGGGAGAAAGCGUUCAACGGAGGACGUCCAUGUCCCAAACUGGAUUUAAAGAACCAGGCUCAGGUGUACGAGGCAGUGCCGUGCCACAGCGACUGCAGCCAGUACGAGUGGCGAGUCGAGCCCUGGUCCAUUUGUACCAUCAAUACUGUGGACGACCUGCCAGCAUGCGGAGAGGGAGUCCAAAGCCGCAAGAUCAGGUGUGUGAAGAAGGGAGCAGCGAGCGGAGAGGAUGGCACUGUGAAGGAGAGUCUGUGUGAUCAAGAAGAAAUGCCACCCAGAGCCCAGGUCUGCUAUCUGGCCUGCCCUGACGACUGUGUCACUGCACCCUGGGGAUCCUGGAGCAACUGCCCUCUGUGUGACCCAGGAGCUUCAAGGAACAGGAGCAGACAUAUCCUUCGCCUCCCAGGUCCUGGUCACACCGAGUGUCCAGAGCUGCUCCAGUCUGAACAGUGUAUCCUCAACAACACCUGCUUCACCUACCAGUACAGAGUCUCAGACUGGAGUACAUGCCAGCUGAGUGAAAAUGCCAUCUGCGGCGAGGGUUUACGACAGCGUGUCCUGGACUGUAUCCGCAGCGAUGGAAAGAUAUUGGAAGUGGAGAAGUGUGAGCAGUUCGGUUUAAUCAACAAGUGGCGGCUGUCUGAGAGCUGUACCGUCGACUGUCCUGUCAGCUGCAUCCUCUCUGAUUGGUCACCGUGGGCGGACUGCUCGCACACCUGCGGGAGCCAAGGUCAGUCCGUGCGCACCCGGAGAAUCCUGCAGGAAGCUCAUGAAGAGGGUCGUCCCUGUCCCAGCCAGCUCACCCAGAUCAAACUAUGUCCCAUAAGGCCUUGCUACAUGUGGUUGUUGAGUGACUGGUCGCCAUGCACGAUAGAGGGUGCAGAGUGUGGGGAGGGGUCUCGGAGAAGGAACCUGUCAUGUGUGGUCCACUGGGGCAGCUGGCAUGAGUCUCCCCCUCAGCCAGUGUCGGAGGAGCUUUGUGGAGAUGUACUUCAGCAGCACGUCCAGCAGCAAAUGGAGCAGCCCUGUUUCGUCCCUUGUCCAGGAGACUGUCAUCUGACUGAGUGGUCAACAUGGAGCUCUUGCCAGUUGACUUGCUUGGAGGGGCGGAGCUUUGAGACCACCGGCCGCCAAGCGCGCUCCAGAGCCGUCAUCAUUCAGGUCAUGGAGAAUCAGGCCAGCUGCCCGCAUCAAGUGUUUGAGACGCAGCCUUGUAAAGGAGGAAAAUGCCACAGUUACCAGUGGAGGACUGGAGGUUGGAGCAACAACGAGAGAGUGGUGUGGUGCCAGCGCUCAGACGGUGUCAAUGUCACAGGGGGCUGUUUCCAGCAAAAACGGCCGACCACGCUCAGACAUUGCCAUCCUGCGUGCACCAAACCCUUCUCGCACUGCACAGCGAGUGGUGUGUGUGGGUGUGAGAAGGGUUAUACUGAAGUGAUGACCACGCACGGCUUCUUGGACUAUUGCACCAGAACCCCGGGGGUGGACAACAACAAGAAAGCCGAUGUGAAAACCAACUCUGGAAGAUUAAAACCGGGGCCAUCUCAGGCCAGAGACCUCUUUACCGAGUGGACCUUAAGACCUGUUGGCCCAGAUGGAAGAGUAAAGCUGUGGGUUUACGCUGUGACUGCGGUUGGAUUCAUCCUAAUACUCUGCAUUAUUGCAUUAUCGUUCCUGGUCUGUAAACCAGCUAAAACCACUAAGAUGUCUCCUCCACCUCAGAAGCCCUUGACCCUGGCCUACGACGGAGACCUGGAUAUGUAAAGCCGGCUGCUAUACCUCACGCCUGGCCUCGGACCGACUCCUGACUG